AUGGAAGAUAUUAGGGCUGAUCCAGACAUUCCAGGCAAGGCAUUGAAUGAACUCCUGUUUCAGAGGUUUGGGAUAUAUAUGAAACAAGCUUCAUUGUACAGGCUGAAGAGGUUUGUAAUUGAGAAACUGUUUGGGGGUCAUGAUGAGUCUUACUCACUUAUGCCACAGUAUGCUGACAUGAUAUGCUUCACUAGCCCUGAGUCAAUGGCAUUUGUAGCUUGGGAACUGAGUGAAAGCAUUCCUAGGGUCAAUCUCUUCACAAGUAUUUUCAUAAGUUUUGCUGGACAGUGGAAGGGUUUUCUUGGAGGUUGCAGGCCUUUGAUUGGGGUUGAUGGGGCACAUUUGAAGGGCAAUUAUGGUGGUAUUCUGCUGUCUGCAGUUGCAGUAGAUGCCAACAAUGAAAUAUAUCCCUUAGCAUAUGCCAUAGUGAGAUCUGAAGACAAAGAAACUUGGGCUUAUUUCUUCUGGCAUCUUCACAACAUAGUCAAGCAGUCAAGCAGAGAACAUUGGACUAUUAUAUCUGACAGACAAAAGGGAGUUGAUAUUGCCCUGAAACAAGUAUGGCCUUCUGCAAAAAGAAGGUAUUGCUGCAGGCAUUUAAGCAGAAACUACAAAAAAGCAUUCCCAGGUCCUCUGAUGUAUACUUUGUUCUGGAGGGCAUGCAAUGCAACAAAUAAGUUCACAUUUAGAAAAGCAAUGGAGAAGUUGAAAAAGGAAGGAGGAGAGGAUGUUAUGACUUGGUUUGCUGAGUUAGGUGAUCAGUCAAAAUGGAGCAAACAUGCUUUUGAUCCAAAUGUUUGUAAUGACUCAAACACCUCUAACUUUGUUGAGAGUUUUAACUCCACAUUAGGUGUUGACAGGUGCAGACCUGUCUUAACUCUCCUUGAAGGUAUUAGAAGAGUCUGUAUGGUCAGGAUUGCUUCAAGGCAUGAGAGAGCACAAGAAUGGGAGGAUAAUGAUUUAUGCCCCAAGAUUGCAAAGAUGGUCAGAGAAAUUAGCAAAGCUACCUCCACCUGCAGAGCUUUUCAGUCAAGUCCAGGAGAGUAUGAGAUACAUGAGGGGAAGUCCCAGUUUCCUCUAAGUCUAAACUCCAAAAUUUGCUCAUGUGGAGCUUGGCAACUUUCUGGUAUCCCCUGCAAACAUGCAGUGAGGGCAAUGCUCCAUGCUAAGGUUGAUCCUCAUAAUUAUGUAAGCUCUUGGUAUACUGCAAGAACAUACAAGCAAAUUUACAAAUAUGUUAUAAACCCUGUUCCUGAUUCAAGUCAGUGGCCACCUGCUGAUGCUAACCACCCUCACAUUCAUCCACCAAAGAUGAAGAGAAGUGUUGGUAGGCCAAGUAGAAACAGGAAGAGAGAAGAGGGUGAAGACCAACCAGGGAAGAGGUCUAGAACAAUUAAAUGCAGCAACUGUGGGAACUUGGGGCACAAUGCAAGAAAUUGCAAAGGGGGUUUGACUGGAAAGGAGCUUCAGUCAGUUAAGGCCAUGGUUGUUAAAAACCCAAGAGUGAGGGAUCAAUCAAAUGCUGCAAGGCAAACUAGAGCUCAGUCCAAAGCUGCAGCAACUGCAACAGAGCUCUCCUUAUCACAGUUGGCAAGCCAACCACAAAACUUGUCACAAUCACAGUUGGCAAGCCAACCACAAAACUUGUCACAAUCACAGUUGGCAAGCCAACCACAAAACUUGUCACAAACUUGA